AUGAUUACUAACAAAGUUACCCCAACAGCGAUGGCAACGGAUGAUGAAAAGGGAUUAACACUAAAUCCCGAUGAAGCGUCAGAUAAUCCAGCCAUUGCUUUUAAAGUUCACAAUCCAUCUGAUGAAGGAGGCUUACAACACAACUCGAAGAGUCAUGGAGUAAGAUUCGCCGACGACUCACUCUCUAAAGACAGUUUAUUCAAAGGUGACGCAGCAUCUAAAGACCAAAAUCUUACCGGCAAAAUGUAUGUGCAGCAAAGUCUGUCCUUACUCGGGGUUCCUCGACAAGGAUCAGAAUUGGAAGACGAACCCAACGAUAAUAAAGUAAAACUUAAUUUCCUACAAAAAUCAAUCUGGACCAUGUUACAGCCAACCGACAAUCGAUUAUCUAUGAAGCUAUUCGGGAGCAAGAAGGGGAUUAUACUGGAGAAGAAGCGACUUCAAGCUGUUGGUUCUCUAAUCAUACACCCAUGCAGUACACUUCGGGUUAACUGGGACUUUCUGAUGAUUAUAACACUCGUGAUCAAUCUGAUAACAAUACCUGUAAGUAUCACCUUCUUCAAGCAAGAAGAGAUUGGACUUCAAUGGAUCAUCAUCAAUUGCGUAUCAGACACACUAUUUAUUACCGAUAUAUUCUUCAAUUUCCGAACAGGAAUUUUAAACCACGAUAGCAAUGAACUGGUAAUUUUGCAACCAAAGCUGAUUGCCAAACACUAUUUCCGAACUUGGUUUUUCUUGGACCUGAUUUCUUCGAUGCCCAUGGACUACAUUAUACUGCUAAUGGGAGGAGGAAACGAAAGUAUUUAUAAAGCAUCUCGUGCUCUGCGAUUUCUGCGAAUGGCAAAACUUCUCAGUUUACUCCGUCUACUCCGACUUUCUCGAUUAGUUCGAUUUAUUAGGCAUUGGGAACAGGUAAAAACAUUGCGUAUGUUAUUAGAGUUUUUUUUCUAA